AGGCAACGAAGGAAUAGCUCGAUCUUGUUUCUUCUUUUGCACAUAUCUUUCCCUCAACCAAACCAUGAACGCAAACCUUGUUGUCCAUCGGGACGACGAUGAAUGGGAAACUACAUCAACCACAGAGUCAAUGAAUGAGCUCGUUGACUGUGCGACAAUCCAUAGUCCACUCUAUCAGAGCGGUGCGGGGUAUCUAGACGACGACGACGACGACGACGUCAGCCUAGAACCACUGGAGCUCGACCAUAAGGGUAUCCAAAGCGAAUCUCUCAAGAUUAUCUAUACUUCUCCUGAGCUAUCUGGGCCCGCAGAGGUAUCUCCAAUGCCUGUUAAGGAUCAUGAUAUUGCCUCGGAAGUUAUUCUCACAGAAUUCAAGAAGCAUAUGAACACAACGUUGCUAUCGGCUUCAAGAUCUGCGCCGGCAAUCCAGCCGAGAUCUAGGCCGAACUGUCUGUUCUUGAAUCACUUAGGAUCCAGAAGGCCAUCCCCAAAUGGUCCUUCCAGUGCCAGAGAGGCAGUGGCGGCUGUAGAUGCCAUCAUGGAGAAAGAAGACAAAGGCUGCAGCGAUGCACAAGAUACCUUCCACGGAACUAACCCAUUUCCUACCCUUCCUCAACUCCCUCGCCCGAAAGAAACCAAGUCCUCUGAUGUCGCCUCCUCUAGUGUAGACCAACCCAAUGAACCAUAUGAUGAUCUCUUCGACGUACCGUGUGUUGCGCCCUUUGCCAGAACACCCAGUCUCAAGGAUUCCAUUGCAAGCCCCCCAAGAUCUCCCCAACACUCCGCGCCCAACGAUAUCCCCACCGAAUCGCCCCAUGAUUUCCCUCGAGAAAAUUUCACUGGAAUGCCUGCAGAUGCUGUUGUUGACGCCCCAACAGACAACGCUGUGGUCAUGGCCCCAGGUAUUCCUAUCGGUAUCACUCCAGACUCGCCUGCUUGCUACCCAUCCGAGUCACCCAGUCGCCGAGUUCAGGUUAUUGACGUUGGUUUUCCCACUGAUAUGAUUGGCAUACCCUCCAUGGACGAUGGACUAGAAGACUUUGGUAUUGGUAUGGUCUCGCCCGAACCAUCAAAGCCACCUCCCAUUAGCGUUCGACCCACCACCAAGAAGGAAGUACCUGCACGGAAAGCAAGAGUCCACCCCCGGGCCCAAUCGCUCCCCAACACUCUGGAAGCUCAGUAUUGGAGGCAGUCAGCUUCCAGAAGAUACUACGGUCGAGGACCACCACCCCCUGUGCCCCUCUACGAUCCAAACAAGCCGCUAACCCAACAGCGCUAUUCUUACUCUGUUGCGACUGCAACUCGAGGACCUGGUUGGUCUCUACAAUCAAGUCGGAAUCGCCCCUACAGGCGAGGUCCCGGGCUUUCUCCAAUGCCUUAUGCGCUCCCGCCCUUUCCUUCACCUCCUCCGCCGCCGACUGCAGGUGGUGCCAGGAGGUAUUCUGUCCCUUCCACCUAUCGUCCUGCCACCACAAUGAAGUACCAACUUCCGUGGCAGAGGUGAGACGAUGCCAGCCCGCCUGUCUGUUGUACCACUACUACGAAAAUACCGCGCCCCCAAGAAACAACUACCGGUACAGCAGAGUUGCUUAAGAAACAAUUCUUCAUGCUCUUCUCCCUCCAUUGUUCAUUUCGUUCCCUUAGCGUCGUUGCUAACAAGCCAUCCAAUUUUACAUCUGAGCAACUGCAUAAUACUACCCCACGAACGAACCAGGCAAAAUGAUAAAAUAAUACAGUCUAAUCACAUCUAGAAAAGCGCCCAGAGCC